AUGGAGUCACGAAGUCCGUUUAAAGGAUUGCUGUUCUGCUUCACGGGACUAGAACCUGAAUUAUCCAAACCAUGUAUUAAAAAAAUUGUAAAAUUAGGAGGGCAGUAUAUUGGUGACCUUACACCAAAUGUGAACAUUUUGGUAAUAGGAACUAACCCUAUGGAGUCAGCUAAAUAUCAAUUUGUUACUAUGCAUAGAAAUGAUAUGGUAGUAAUUCACCAUAGUGCACUAGAUCAGCUAUACGAUAUUUGGGUUAAUGGAGAUGACAUAUCUUGCAAAAAUCAUUCUAAUUUCCAGAAAUAUUCGAAUAAUGACCCUCUAAGGAUGUUGCAUGUAUUACAUAGUAGAUAUGGAGCAAAGCCUCUCACUAAUUUUUAUAUCUUUUUGGGUAGGUGUCAAAAUGAAGAUAUUAAAGAACUGGAAUUUUUUUGUCGUACAAUGGGUUGUAUCGAUUGUAACACUACGCAAUUCAUGUUGGAUAUAAAGACUACUCAUCCCGAUAAACAAAUUCUGUUUAUUACAGAUAGUGCAGAAAGUGCAAGAGCUCAGGCUGCUUUAUCGGUCGGUGGUAUACCAUUAGUCCAUUUUAAAUGGUUGAAAGAUUGUUUCGUGAGAGAUUUAGCUUUACAGUACGAUCCGUAUUAUCUGAUUGAAAACGUCACUGGAUUGCCAUAUAAUGAGAUAGGUAUAGACGCAUGUGAUUCCCUAGAGCCUCGAAUAUCUAUACCUAAUCAAUAUCUGACAAUGUCAGGAAAUCUCGAUUCUGAGGAAGAUACAUUGCUUCAUCCUGUAAUGACAAAUAAAUUAAAACCAAAAAUUGAUAAAAUAUGGGAAAGAACAUUUGCAUCUAACAACAAAGAUAAGAACAAUGAUCACAAAGACACCGAAAAAAAUACAACAAUAACAACAGAAACAGAAACAGAGACAACACAUAAACCUCUAUAUGGUUGUUUCCAAGGAUGCACUUUCACCAUACAUCGUAGUUUUGAUGUUAGGAAACAAGAAAUUCUUGAAAAAAUCAUUACUCAAAACGAUGGCUCAGUUAGUAACAGAACCACCAAUGCAGAUUAUCUCAUUGUACCAAGCAAUAUGGCUCUAGAUUCAUUAAAUAUAGAUCCUAAUUUGGAGACAAUGCCCGAAUUAGUAACUGAAUUUUUCAUCGAGAGAUGUUACUAUUAUAAAAAAAUCAUAUCACCACCAGAUUCGUGGUCAAAACCUUUCCUUUACACAUCAGACUUCAAAUUAAUCCCAUCAUCACAAUUAUUACAAAAUCAUAAGGAUCACAUAUUAAAUAUAGCCAUCACCGGAUUCUACGGUGUAGAAUUAUUACAAUUGAAAAAAAUCCUGGAGUUAAUGAGACCAAUGGGUAUUAAUUUCUCCGAAUUUUUAAAUAGAAACUCAGACAUACUGUUAUUAAACAUUGCCUCUUUGAACAGUAUCCCAAGGACACACGUUUUAUGGACUAACGAAUAUAGUGAUUUACUCUUAGAAAAUUAUAAACAAUGUGAUUCAAAUUCAUCUGACAAAGAACGUCGAAAUAUUCAUACAAGUCCCGUAUUUAAAAAAUCAAUGAAGGAGAAAAUUAAUUUCGCCAGAGAGAAACAUCCAAUACCUAUUAUUACACCUGCAUUUAUUAUGGAUAUCUUUCACACUGCAAGAGUUUUUACACGAAACAUAAUCGACGAUGAACCGAAAAUCCGUAUCUCAGAUAGUAGAUGGACCGUUUGUUUGCCUAGAGGUAAUGCAAGUAGUUUCAUUUGUAGAUUGAAGUAUAUCGAUCCAACCAAAAGAUUAUUACUAAACAAAACACAAGAUUCACAGAAAUAUGAAUCCGAUGGGAAAGUAAAGAAGGAAGGUUCUAUAAAUAAAACUCCAUCAAAUUUCUCUUCUGCAAAAGAAAUGGCUAAAGAUGUACUAAACAUUAUGCAAACCUCUUCAUCUGCACCAAAGAAAAUUUUAAGGAAACGUGUGCAGUCAUUAGAAACAGACUAUAAUUCACCCUCACCUCCAGUUAAUGAAGAAACGGUAACAAAACCCAUGGCGAAAAGACCAAAAUUGGCCAUGGUGAAGAAACUUAGACCCGUUGAGAGAGAAGUAAGCUGGGGAAGUAUGAUCUCCGAUGAAUUGAAACGUACUGGCCAAGAUAAUACUAAACAAGAAGAAAAAGAAAUACAAGUACAGGAUUCUUUUAAUAACAACGGUGCAUACACUCAAGUAACCUACGGGCAUCGAGAUCAGAUGGAAUCUGGAAAUCAAACCACUAAGCGUAUGACAAGACAUCAUGCGAAAGAACUCGGGAUAUAA